UGGAUAACACAUCAUUUCCAACAAAGCUAAUUAAAGUCUUUCGACUCGUCGGGAUAUUCUCAAUGUUCAAUAUGUUCAUAUUUUACAUUAGUACAGUUUUGGUGCUUGCUAUAUUCUCGUCAAGGGAAGGUCAAUUUAGCGCAACUGAUCCACUUUACGGUGAGGUGACCCAGGUACAGAAGGGGGAAUACCUAUUCGUCGUGUCUAUCGUUAACAUAAAAUUGAUUAGUGAUGAAGAUCCAUAUGGGCACGUUUGCGGCGGAGCCCUCAUAAAGAGCAAUUUCGUAUUGACAGCAGCACACUGUUACAUGGAGGCGGGAGAAACCCUGGACGAUUAUCAGGUCUGUGCGGAAUCCAAUGACCUGGCCGAGUGUCGCAAAGUGGGCUUGAAAGCGUGGGAAACUUUCGAUCAGUGGAUCGUUAAAAAGAACAAGAGAAGUGAAUUUGUCAGUAAUGACAUAUCUUUAAUACAGUUGAAAGAACACGUUAACGCUACAAUAGCAAAGAUGUCGCUAAAAUCGCCUGAAAAGUGGAUAGGCAAAAGAAUCUUAACUGUUAGUUGGAUGAUGUUCGAUGCCGUGGCUUCGAGAAACAUGACGCAAGCUUUCUUACAAGUGCUUAGCCAAGAUGAGUGUAGGUACAACAUACAGCGAGCAUUAUUUGGUGUUAGACCAUGCUUAUUACAUCUGGAGAAGAAUAUCAUCUGUACAAAUAAUACACCAUACGUAACGUUACAUAACGGUGAUAGUGGAAUUCCAAUUUUUGUUCGAAAGGUCACCAGUAAAUACAGUAUUGUCGGUAUAAAUUCUAAAAGUCGUCCACACCAAGGAAUACAAAAUAGAAAGUACGAACAAAAUUUACAUGUUAGCCUUUAUUACUACUUAAAGUUUAUAACAAAUGUGACUGGACUCAAAUUAUAAAGGCAGUGUAAUUUUCAAUCUUAUUUUAUGAUUUUUAAUAAGAAAAAUGUAUUACUAGUAUUUUGCUUCUGUAUCACUGUAUUGUUGAAAAAGAUAUUAAACCGCGAUCAGCGUAUGGGCUUGUUACUGAAGGGCUAAAUAGUCUGACGAUACGGAUUAAGAAAUCUAAAAUUCCCUAAUAAAUGUAGCUCUAUCCCAGACACUUACCGAGUUACAAACUUAACACAAAUGACAGUAAUUAUAUAUUAUUACGAGUGCAUUUACCUAAUUUUAUUUAUGAUACAUCGAGCAUUAUUUAUCCGUUUCUUUACCAAUCAUGCAGCGACAAUUAUGCAUUACAUUUCUUAUAAAGAAGU